AUGUCUGAAAAGAUGUCGAUAGAGACCGUUUAUGGCACCACGAAUGAGGAGAGCCAUGUUAUGUCGGAGAAGGUGCAGACUUUGGCUGGAACUGUGUAUAAGGAAUUCGAGAAAGUCAUCAAGCGGUACGAUGAGGAUGUGGUUAAGGAUUUGAUGCCGCUAGUUGUGGGUAUAUUAGAGACUUUAGAUGCGGCCUUCACGGAGAAGCAAGAGUUGGAUGUGGAAAUAGAAUUGUUGCGGGAGGAUAAUGAGCAGCUGUUGACCCAAUAUGAGCGAGAGAAACAGCUCCGGAAGAGUGCAGAACAGAAAUUUCUGGAAAUGGAAGACAAUAUUGAAGGUGUAAGGAAGGAACUAGAAGACAAAGUGGAGACACUGGAAUCUAUUCUACGAAUGUCAGAAAUUAAAUCAAAAAAUGCAGCAGAUCAUGUGAGCCGUCUAGAAGAAAAAGAACAAGAAGGCAAGAAUGAAUACAACAAGCUGCACGAAAGGUACACAGAGCUGUUCAGAACACACAUGGACUACAUGGAACGGACGAAAAUUCUCAUGGGAACAGACAAGUUGUCCGACCUCACUGGCAUGAGUCCUAGAAUCACGAAAGGGGGAUUCAGCCUGCCUGGUUUACGACCAGUUAGUGUAGCCUAUGGUGGUGUGAUGGAGUUCCAAAGACAUGAGAGUAGCCCAAUGAGCUUUGAUACGGGUACACCACAGAGCAGCCACAGUGUCAGCCUGAAAAGUGAGCUGGAGGCCCAGACACCCAAGAAGGCAGAGCUCAACGAUGAGAAGGAGCAACUCAAUGACAGUGUAAAUAUGUCUGAAAAGGCAACAGCUACAAAGCAGCCCAAAGCCUUACCAACCCCCACCCUGACACCCCUUUCAGAAAGUAAACCUUCAAAGGCAAAGAGUAAAGACACACGAGUGCCAAGUGAAUCCACAGUAGGCGGUAAUAGUUCUAGUCAAAAAGUAGAGACGGCAGGAUCUGCGGUGGAAGAUUCCAAUUUAGCUGCAUCCCCUGCUGUGGUUCUGAGGAAGAAGAGAGAAAAUUCAGAAGAGGAUUAUACAUUUGACAGCAAUUUGAGUUUUGAGGAUUACAGUUUAUCAGGACUAAACCAAACUUUGGCUGCAAUUAUAGCAACAACACCAGAGCUGGAAGAAUCUCAUGACUUGCUUGGCUCACCUGGCAGUUUAUGCAAGCGGAAGUCUGUACGCAAUGAUAAUUCUAUAUUUGAUGAACUACAUACAGAUAUUGCUGAGGUAGAUUUUGGUGCUGACAUUACAGGACGGGCAGUAAACCCAGGAGACUAUGCCUCUACAGAUAGUGACAAGGAAGAGGAAGAUGAAGCAGAGGAGAACAAGGACAAUGAUAGGGAUUCUGUUGGGGAUAAUUUCUUCGGAAUGGGCAAGGAACUUGAUAAUCUCAUCAUGGAAAACACAGAGCUGUUGGCCACUAAAAAUGCCCUCAACAUUGUUAAGGAUGAUCUUAUAGCCAAAGUUGAUGAGCUUUCCAGUGAACAAGAGAUCUUGCGCGAAGAGAUUGCCAGCCUUCAAGCGGUUCGAACCAAACUUCAGCAGCGACUUGCUGCCAUGGAGGAAGAGCUGAAGAGGGUGAAGGAGGAGAAUGAGAAGAGGGACAAGGAGCAGACAGAGAAAGGAGAAGAAGAGGAGGACGUUCCAAUGGCUCAGCGCAAGCGUUUUACUCGAGUGGAGAUGGCCAGAGUCCUCAUGGAACGUAACCAGUACAAAGAAAGACUGAUGGAGCUACAGGAAGCUGUCAGGUGGACAGAAAUGAUCAGAGCCUCAAGGGAACAUCCUGGAGAAUUACAGACAAAGAAGAAAUCUAGCGUCUGGAACUU